AUGAUUUCUAAGUCCGAUGCAUCUUCUGACGGCCUUCCCUCAUAUUCGGAGAGCGUGCGCUCUCCUCAACAGAACCACUCCCCUAGCUACCUUCCUCAAAAUAUCGCGGCUGCCCGUACUUCCCUGAUAUCAUCGCUCCUAACCACCUACAUUACUCCUCACCUGCACGAAAGCGCUCUUUCUGGCCUUGCCAGUACAACUCUUAUCCUCGUUCCCUCAAACGUCUCUUCAUUGCAGCCACCCGGCGAUACCGGAUCAAAAGGCGCUUCGGAGACUAUUGUCGGCUUUCCCAGCUCUGAGAACCUUACAAUGAUACGGUUACAUGGCCAAGAGAACAGCCUAGAGUUCUGGCGGCAACUGGCCGUUAUGCAGGAGUUGGGACAGCAGAUGCGUACCCACCUGCGGAACUCAGGGCAUCGAGUCAUCGGAGACAACGAAAUUAGCCUUCAGGGACUGAAAUCUCCAAACGCUGAUUGGAGGACUGUACCGAAGGAGAUUCUGGGCAAUGGAGAAGUGAGGGUUCAAGUUGAGACAAUGGAUAUAUGUUUGAGGACUGAGAAUGACAUGGGCUUGUAUGAGACGAAGACGGGGAAGGCUGUCGUCGUCAAAGUGGAUGUUGGGGGCUGA